GUGUCGUCACAUCCUGUGCAAAAAAAUGGCGACCAGCAUCAACAAUAAAAGCUCAGUUAAAUGGAGACUGAUCAGCAUUUUUACAACCUAAUAAUGGAUUUGUGGUGACAAAACAUUGUUUUAUGUGCGGCAAAUAACGACCAAGUUCUUCGUGGGCGUUCCAAACUGGUUGCAACCAUGAGUAGUCGAAGAAAGAAGGCCCCCCCAGUGAAGGUGGACGAGGAGGCGAAACAAAGGUUGAGCUGGAAUAUGUUGGACGAUCAGCGGAAUGAGGACAUUCAGGUGAUGCCAUCUUGCUCCUCCCUUCCUGCCCACCAAUCUACGGACAUCUCCUUGAACACCUCGCCGCUUACGACCACUCCCGAGGAACUCCCCGCAACAUCAUCAGACUCUGUCUCCUCCCUGGCACUCACCGUGCUGCCCGUCGUCCAACUCGCCAACAUCUGGAAAGCUCUCGUCGGGGAAUUUCGUGUCCGACCGGCGCGGCUACCGUUGGACUUUCGACACGAGGCGUUUGCGAUUCGCAAGAUGGUGGAUGGGCUUUGCAUCAGCUUUAAGGGGAGCGAGGAGCCUGACGAGGAUGGCGACACCUGCGCCGCAGAGUGCAGCCUUGCUUGCGUCCUGCUGGAGGACCUGGACUGGCUCCAGAAGAGACGGGUGCUACAGGUCUGCCACCAAAUUGAAGAGGACUCCUUUAAGGUCGGGAUUUACCUGCUGGAAAGUGGCCUCGGUAAGCCGGAGUUUCUCAGUGAGGGAAACGCUCGCAUGAAGAAAUCCAAUCAGCUCAUACAGAAGAUGAUGGAAUUUUUUUACGACUUCAUCAUUCCUGAAGUGGUGGACAACGAGGAGGAGGAAUGCGACACAGACUUGGAGCGGCAGAACGUGGAGGAACUUUACGACUACGUCAGAUGCGUGCAUCAAACCGACGGCCGACGGGAAGGGACCUCUGAUGUCCAGCACCAAGCUCUGCUCCCGGUGCUCCGUCCCUAUCAGAGCCAAGCCGUCAACUGGAUGCUGAUGCGGGAGAAAAUCCGGAAUACGGCCCUGAAAGAUCAAUCGUUGCAUUUCCUGUGGCGGGAGUUGGUCACGUUGUGCGGAAAGAAAUUGUUCUACAAUCCUUUUACUGGCUGUUUAAUCCGCGAGUUUCCCCUCGCCGGCGUGGAGCGGCCAGGCGGCAUCCUCGCUGACGAGAUGGGCCUCGGCAAGACGGUGGAGGUCCUGGCUCUGAUUCUGUCUCACGGCCGACAGGACCUGGAGCAGGAGGCCCUUACCUUGCCUGUGGGAACGUCUGUGAAUUAUUUUGUCCCCCCGCCUCCGCUUGAGCACGAGAAAGUUGUCCGCUGCAAGCCCGAAGUGCAGCCCAAAAUAAAAAUAUCUCACCCGGCUGUCCGCGUGAUGCUCCUCACCGCCAUCAAGGAAAUGCGAUCGGGCAAAGGGGCUUCCGUCAACGCCGUGUUUACAUUCAUUCGCGCCACCUACGGCUACGACCUCCUGAAGAACCGAAGUCACAUCAAGAAGACGUUGGCCAAGCUGACGGACGAGGGCCUGGUGGAGAGGGUGAAGGGUCGCGGCCUGGCAGGCUCCUUCCGCUUGGGAAAGAAAUACAAAGACGCCAAGAAGACGCUUGCUGCACUGCCCAAAUCUAAUGUAAAAUACUCUGAGAGCUCGCCCAGGAAGACAUUCCAAAGACGUGCGAAGGAGAAAGCCGAGGUGGCGCUCCAAACCUCCCUGAGUGAAGAUGGAGAGCCCACGCCAGAAGGUGCAUCCCGCUCCAGCGAGGAGCCGGAGCCCCCCGUCCGGGCGUCGGUGGUACCCUUCAACGCGGCCGACUACCGCUUCGAGUGCAUCUGCGGCGAGUUGGGCCUGGUGGACUACAAGGCCCGCGUGCAGUGCAUGAAGUGCCAGCUGUGGCAGCACGCCUGCUGUGUCAACUACAAGGAGGAGAGCCUGGACACCACGCCGUUCUACUGCCCCCACUGCCUGGUGGCCAUGACGCCCGUCUCCACCGGGGCCACGCUCAUCAUCUCGCCCAGCUCCAUCUGCCACCAGUGGGUGGACGAGAUCAACCGGCACGUCAGGUCGGCCUCGCUGCGCGUGCUGGUGUACCAAGGUGUGAAGAAGCACGGCUUCAUCCAGCCGCGUUUGCUGGCCGAGCAGGACGUGGUCAUCACCACCUACGACGUGCUGCGCUCGGAGCUCAACUACGUGGACAUCCCGCACAGCAACAGUCGCGACGGGCGCCGCUUCCGCAACCAGAAGCGCUACAUGGCCGUGCCCAGCCCCCUGGUGGCCGUGGAGUGGUGGCGCGUGUGUCUGGACGAGGCGCAGAUGGUGGAGUGUCCCACCGCCAAAGCGGCCGAGAUGGCGCUACGCCUCGCCUCGGUCAACCGAUGGUGCGUCAGCGGCACGCCGGUGCAGAGAGGCUUAGAGGACCUUUACGGCCUGGUUCUCUUUUUGGGCGUGGAUCCGUACUGGGUGAAGCACUGGUGGGACCAGUUGCUCUACAGGCCGUAUCGCCGCGGCAACACGGAGCCUCUCUACAGCGUGGUGGCUCAGCUGCUGUGGCGCUCGGCGAAGAAGGACGUCAUCGAUCAGAUCCAGAUCCCUCCUCAGACGGAGGAGGUGCACUGGCUGCGGUUCUCCCCGGUGGAGGGCCACUUCUACCACCGACAGCACGAGGUGUGCUCGCAGGACGCCCUGCUCAAGCUGCGCAAGCUCUCCGACUGGAGCCUGAAACUGGGCAGCCUGGACCGCCGCACCGUGGCCACCAUCCUGUGCCCGCUGCUGCGGCUACGCCAGGCCUGCUGCCAUCCACAGGCAGUUCGAGGCGAGUUCCUGCCCCUGCAGAAGAGCACCAUGACGAUGGAGGAGCUCCUCAAGUCCCUGCAGAAGAAAUGUCGAGUGGAGUGCGAAGAGGCCCACAGACAAUUGGUGUGCGCUCUCAACGGUCUGGCCGGAAUCCACAUCAUCCGAGGUAUGACAUGGAGCACGCGUGGGAAUCACUCGCACUUUUGCUUUGUGCGCCAGCCACAUCUCGUUAGCGCCGUAUUGAGGGUCAAUAAUGACGGAGCCCCCAUUCCUGCCCGUCUAUUUGCAGAUGAGUUUGAGCAGGCGGCCGAGAUGUACCGAGAAGUGCUGCGCUCAUCAGAGGAGCACAAAGGCCGACUGAAAACGGAUUCAUUGCAGAGACUUCACGCGACUCACAAUCUGAUGGAGCUGCUAAGCGCAAAGCAUCCUGGGAUUCCUCCCACUCUGCGAGAUGACCGCCUCAGCGAGGAGGCUGAGCAACUGCGUCAACACUACAUGACCAAGUAUGACUCUGAGGUGGCUGACGCCCACCAAGCCCUGCAGCCCGUCUUGCAGAACAUCAAAGACCUGAAGCGCAAAGUCAACCUGAAGUCUCCCUGGUGGCUGGACGUCAUCCAGCGGGCGGUCCGUUGCGCCACCGACGACGACCUGGUGGGCCGCGUCAAGAACGAGCUGACGUCCGGCUACAAGCAGCAAGCUCACAAGCUCUCCAUGGCUGACAAGUUCCGUGAUGGCCGCGGUCUGCUGUUCCUGCUCACAACACAGAUGGAAGACCUGAUGAAGUCCCAGAAAAUCGUCAGGGAGGCUGUGAAGAGCCUGGAGGGUCCGGCAUCCAAGAAGGUGAUUGACGAGGCCACCGUCUGCCACCUCAGGCCCAUGCGACUGCCGCUUAAUAAUUGUGUGUUUUGCAAAGCCGACGAGCUUUUCACCGACUACGAAUCCAAGCUCUUCUCGCACACGGUGAAAGGCCAGACGGCCAUCUUUGAGGAGAUGAUCGAAGACGAGGAAGGUUUGGUGGACGACCGCCUGCCCACCACCAGCCGAGGCCUGUGGGCCGCCAGUGAGACGGAACGCACCCUCAAGGCCAUCCUGGCUUUCGCCAAGGUCAAGCGCGUGGACGCCGAGCUGGUGGAGCAGGGCAACGCCUUCAUGGAGCUCUUUGAGACCUGGAAGAAGGAGUACAAGGUGCUGCACGAGUACUGGAUGGUUCUGCGUAAUCACGUGUCGGCCAUCGACGAGUUGGGGAUGGCCACCGAGAGGCUCCGCCUGCGUCUCCCAGACGAGCCAAAGCCGAAAGUGCUGCACAUCAUUGAGCCGCACGAGGUGGAGCAGAACCGAGUGAAGCUUCUCAACGACCAAGCUGUGGCCAAGUCUCAGCUGCAAAAGAAGCUGGGACAGUUUUUAUACCUAACAAACCUGGAGAAGUCCCAGGACAAGUCCACUGGUGGCCUGAACCCGGAACCCUGUCCCAUUUGCGCCCGGCCGCUCGGACAGGAGUGGGCGGUGCUGACCUGCGGCCACUGUUUCUGCAACCAGUGCAUCGCCAUCAUCCUCGAGCAGUACAGCGUGGGCUCGCGCCGACGCGCCAUCAACUGCGCCAUCUGCAGACAGGCCACGUCUCACGCCGAAAUCUCCUACGUGUUCACCGCGCAGGCGUCCAGCCACGACCAGGACAUCCCAGUCAAGGGGAGCCACUCGACCAAGGUGGAGGCGGUGGUGAGAACCCUGAAGAAGAUUCAAGUGAACGACCCGGGCGCCAAGUGUUUGGUCUUCUCUACGUGGCAGAGUGUCCUCGACAUCAUCGCCAAAGCUCUCUUUGACAACAACAUGGAGUUCUCGCAAAUCAACGGGAUCCAAAAAUUCCAGGAGAACCUGAGCUCGUUCAAGUACGAGAAGAAGAUCAACAUCCUGCUGCUUCCUUUGCACACGGGCUCCAACGGGCUGAACAUCAUCGAGGCCACGCACGUCUUGCUGGUGGAGCCCAUCCUCAACCCCGCCCACGAGCUGCAGGCCAUCGGACGCGUGCACCGCAUCGGACAAACCAAGCCGACGUUCGUGCACCGCUUCCUCAUCAAGUCCACCAUCGAGGAGAGGAUGCAGACCAUGCUUAAAACGGCGGAUAAGAGUCACAGCAGAGCCGCCAUGAAGCACUCGGAGGCCGCCGUCCUCACCGUAGCCGACCUGGCAGAGCUGUUUUCCGAAGACGACGGUCAACAUCUGCAGUGAAGAUGAUGCACUACUCUUUCUGUACUGUAGGGGGCAGUGACGGACACUUAAUUUUAGCACAUUCCCACUUUUUCUUAAAAAA